GCCACCUUCCACUCACUUCUCGCCCAUCAUUCAUCUCCCACCGCCCUCCCUUCUACACUGCCAUUGACCGGCAACGAUGAAGUUCAACUCACUUCUCGCGCUCGGCGCUGUUGCAGCCACUGCGUAUGCCGCCGAUGAGGACACCACCGAGUCCGCAGCGGCUGCCCUCGAGGCUGCUCUGCCUGCAUUCACACCCACCACACUGAAGGCUGCCUUCGUGGAACAAUUCACAGACGGCUGGGAUGCGAGGUGGAAGGCAUCGCACGCAAAGAAGGAGAACACCGAGGAGGAGUGGCAGUACGUUGGCAACUGGGAGGUCGAGGAGCCCACCGUCUUCAAAGGCCUCCAGGGUGAUAAGGGUCUUGUGCUCAAGGACAAGGCUGCUCACCACGCCAUCUCCGCCAAGUUCGACGCACCCAUUGACAACAAGGACAAGACGCUCGUGGUUCAGUAUGAAGUCAAGCUUCAGAACCACCUCGAGUGUGGUGGUGCUUAUUUGAAGCUCCUCCGCGAGAACGCCGCUCUGUCCCAGGACGAGUUCUCCAAUGCCUCGCCAUACGUGAUCAUGUUCGGUCCUGACAAGUGUGGCGCCACCAACAAGGUUCACUUCAUCUUCCAACACAAGAACCCCAAGACUGGCGAGUACGAGGAGAAGCACAUGAACGCAGCCCCACCGGCCAAGAUCAACAAGCUCACCAACUUGUACACUCUUAUUGUUCGCCCAGACCAGUCCUUCGAGGUUCUGAUUAACGGCGAGUCUUCCAAGAACGGCACUCUCCUCGAGGACUUCACCCCGGCCGUCAACCCACCUACCGAGAUCGAUGACAAGGACGACAAGAAGCCUGAGACUUGGGUCGACGAGGCCAAGAUUGUGGACCCAGAAGCCUCCAAACCGGAAGACUGGGAUGAGGAUGCUCCAUACGAGAUCAUUGACGAGUCCGCCGAGAAGCCAGAAGACUGGUUGGAGAGCGAGCCAUUGACCAUCCCAGACCCAGAGGCCACCAAGCCAGAAGAUUGGGAUGACGAGGAGGACGGCGAUUGGAUCGCACCACAAAUCUCUAACCCCAAGUGUGAGGAAGUCUCUGGAUGUGGCCCAUGGGAGAAGCCAAUGAUCAAGAACCCUGCCUACAAGGGCAAGUGGUCUGCUCCUCUCAUUGACAACCCACUGUACAAGGGAGUGUGGAAGCCACGCAAGAUUGCAAACCCAGAUUACUUCGAGGACAAGACCCCAGCUAACUUUGAGCCCAUUGGAGCUAUUGGUUUCGAGCUUUGGUCAAUGAACGAGAACAUCCUCUUCGACAACAUCUACAUCGGACACGACGAGGCACAAGCCAAGACUUUCCAGAAGGAGACCUUCGACAUCAAGAAGCCCAACGAGGAGGCCGCCGAGAAGGCUGCUAAGCCAGCCGCUGACGACAAGAAGUCCCCAUCCGACCUCGUCUUCCUCGAGGACCCAGUCCUCUUCGUCAAGGAGAAGACUGCUCUGUUCAUUGAGCUGUUCCAGAAGAGCCCAAUGGAGGCUAUUACGUUCGUCCCAGAGGUGUCUGGCGCCAUCGGUGUCACCCUCGUUACCCUCCUCGUCCUCCUCUUCGGCCUCGGUGGUUCUGCCGCCCCAAGCAAGGAGCAGAUCAAGGCAAAGGCCAACCAGGCCAAGGACGCCGCACAGAAGACGAAGAAUGAUGUUGCCGAUGCUGUUGCAUCUGGUGCGGAUAAGGCGCAGGCCGAAGUCAACAAGAGAACUACAAGGAGUGGUGCUCAGUAGAUGGAGCAUGGUUUUGAACAGCGAGAUUUUGAGCGUUACAUCUAAAGAGCAUGCGGCAGGACACCCAGGCUGGCUUUCUUUCAAACGGUUUUUUGAUUGACAGGUCAAGCAAAACAGAUCGUGGGGGAGAUUGGCUGAAAUCGUUGUCGUCUGUAGAAAAGUUUGGUGUGCAGAUCACGAUAACAUUGCAUGAACUCAGAUGACUUGUUGCCUGUCAGAGCGGUCUUACUUGCCGCGGAGCUGGUGAGUGUCCCGGCGUGUCACUAGCAGUGUCGUUGAUGUGAUUGAUAGCGAGGCAAAUCUGCGUAUAAUUGACCCGAG